AGGGACCUGUUCCAGGCUGCCCAUGCAAACCUCUCUAACAUUGUCAUUCUUUCUGUUACAGCAUUGUCCAAGAUAUAACAGUUGGUACAAAGCGGGGAUCUGACGAACUUUUUUCUGCCUGUGUCACUAACGGACCCUUUAUCAUGAGCAGCAGCUCUGCCUCUGCAGCCAAUGGAAAUGACAGCAAGAAGUUCAAGGGAGACAGCCGGAGCGCCGGGGUGCCCUCGCGGGUGAUUCACAUCCGGAAGUUGCCCAGCGACGUGACGGAGGCCGAGGUCAUCUCCUUGGGGUUGCCGUUCGGCAAGGUCACCAACCUCCUCAUGCUGAAAGGGAAGAACCAGGCCUUCAUUGAGAUGAACACGGAGGAAGCGGCCAACACCAUGGUCAACUACUACACCACCAUCACCCCGGUCCUCCGCGGCCAGGCCAUCUACAUCCAGUUCUCCAACCACAAGGAGCUGAAGACGGACAACUCGCCAAACCAGGCGCGCGCGCAAGCAGCCCUCCAGGCGGUCAACUCGGUCCAGUCGGGUAACCUGACACUCUCCGCUUCUGCCGCGGCGGCAGUGGACGCCAGCAUGGCCAUGGCGGGGCAGAGCCCGGUCCUGAGGAUCAUUGUCGAGAACCUUUUCUAUCCCGUCACCCUGGAUGUCCUGCAUCAGAUAUUCUCCAAGUUUGGCACCGUCCUAAAGAUCAUCACCUUCACCAAGAACAACCAGUUCCAGGCCCUCCUGCAGUACGCCGACCCUGUCAGUGCCCAGCAUGCCAAACUGUCCCUGGACGGGCAGAACAUCUACAACGCCUGCUGCACGCUGCGCAUCGACUUCUCCAAGCUGACCAGCCUCAACGUCAAGUACAACAACGACAAGAGCCGGGACUACACCCGGCCGGACCUGCCCUCGGGCGACAGCCAGCCCUCCCUCGACCAGACCAUGGCCGCCGCCUUCGGAGCCCCAGGCAUCAUCUCCGCCUCUCCCUACACGGGGGCCGGCUUCCCUCCUGCUUUUGCCAUCCCUCAAGCCGCAGGCCUUUCCGUGCCAAACGUUCACGGAGCCCUGGCCCCCUUGGCGAUUCCGUCUGCCGCAGCCGCCGCCGCUGCCGCAGGGCGGAUCGCGCUCCCCGGCCUGGCCGGGGCAGGGAACUCCGUCCUGCUGGUUAGCAAUCUGAACCCGGAGAGAGUUACGCCCCAAUGCCUCUUUAUUCUUUUCGGGGUGUACGGAGAUGUCCAGAGGGUGAAGAUCCUCUUCAACAAGAAGGAGAAUGCUUUGGUCCAGAUGGCCGACGGCAAUCAAGCCCAGCUGGCCAUGAGCCACCUGAACGGGCAGAAGCUGCACGGGAAGCCCAUCCGCAUCACGCUGUCCAAGCACCAGACGGUGCAGCUGCCCCGGGAAGGGCAGGAGGACCAAGGGCUGACCAAGGACUACGGCAACUCCCCGCUGCAUCGCUUCAAGAAGCCCGGCUCCAAGAACUUCCAGAAUAUUUUUCCCCCCUCGGCCACCCUGCACCUCUCAAACAUCCCGCCUUCGAUCGUGGAAGAUGACCUCAAGUUGCUGUUUUCGAGUAAUGGAGCUGUCGUGAAGGGCUUCAAAUUCUUCCAGAGGGACCGCAAGAUGGCCCUCAUCCAGAUGGGCUCGGUGGAGGAAGCCAUCCAAUCCCUGAUUGACCUGCACAACCACGAUCUGGGGGAGAACCACCAUCUCCGCGUCUCCUUCUCCAAGUCCACC